CCCACUGUGACGUCACAGUCGUCUUGUCAGAGAGACAUCAUGGCGUAGCGAUGUGGACCCGUAGCUUCACUGGUGGACACGUAGAAGUUCACAAAAGAGGAAAUCUCGACUUUUGGGAGUCACUGAAACGGGUAGACUAACGGCAACGGUGAAAUAAUCCGUCGAGGGUUUCGAUUUAUCAGUGACUGAAGAUGAUGGCGGAUGCCAGCGACAUGUUGGCAGCUGCUCUUGAGCAGAUGGAUGGCAUUAUAGCAGGCUCCAAGGCUCUCGACUACUCCAAUGGCUUGUUUGACUGUCAGUCACCCAGCUCUCCUUUCAUGGGCAACUUACGGGCUCUUCACCUUCUGGAAGACCUUCGAGGUAUCCUGGAGUUGCUGGACAACGAGGGAAGAAACAGUCUCCGCUGCCAGAUCCCUGACUCCACUGCUGAAAAUCUAGUCGAGUGGCUACAGGGUCGCCUGCCCAAUGGACACAUCUCUGUGGGUGGAGGUGACCACUACCAGGAGAGGCUUACCCGGCUAGAGAGUGAUAAGGAGUCCCUGGUCCUUCAGGUGAGUGUGCUGACAGACCAGGUGGAGGCUCAGGGAGAGAAGAUUCGGGACCUGGAUUUGUGUUUGGAUGAACACAGGGAAAAGCUCAACGCCACUGAGGAGAUGCUACAACAGGAGCUUCUGUGCCGAACAGCUCUGGAGACCCAGAAGCUGGAGCUGAUAUCGGAAUUAUCCAAUUUAAAGUUGAAGCAGAAUUCUUUGGAGAAAGAGAGAUUGAAAUUUGAUGAAAGAUUUCGGGACAGUGAGGAUUUGAUUCUGGAAAUUAACGAACUGCGGUACAGACUGACGGAGCACGAGAGUGAAAAGCAACAAUAUGAAAAGAAACUUAAAACAACAAAGUCGUUAAUGGCAAAGCUUUCUAGCCAGAAAAUCAAAAUGGGCCAGAUGCAGUAUGAGAAACAGAGGAAGGAGCACAAACUGCUGGCUCUGAAGGAGGAGCUCGCCAUUCUAAGGAAACAGCUGGACGGCAAAGACGGCGAGAUGAACCCACUUCAGGAAGAGACCGGCUUCAAAACUAUGGCCUCGAGCAAUGCAGAUAUUACAGAGAAAGAUGAAACCCUUAGAAAGAGGCUGAAAGAAAAACAUGUGGAAGUGCAGAGAAUGAAGAAGGCGGUCGAAUCGCUAAUGGCAGCCAAUGAAGAGAAGGACCUUAAGAUCGAAGAACUGAAGCAAUCACUGCUGAGGUACAAGAAGGUUCAGGACAUGGUCAUGUCAGUACAAGGGAAAAAAGAGAAACCGAAAGACAGUGAACAUGUGGAGAGUCACGCUGAUGGUUCCACUUCAUGCUCAUCAGCCAGCCAUGUGUCUGUGGACAAAGAUGAGCUUACAGACGUUGAUGUGCAAAGGAGGAACGGAGAUGAGAUGGAGCUCUUCAAUGGGCUGAGUGACGAUGGUUCCCCCUCGCCCAGGCCUGCUGAGACUGAGCAACAUUCAGAGUCUGCAGCAACACAUGUGGAAAGCAGCAUAGCUACAGCAAAGACUACCAGCCACGACCUUGUAGAAAGGAGCAAAAAUGAGAAGAACACAAGUGAGGAGAUCAUUCAAAUGGGUGAGAAGCUAUCAGCGAAUCCCCCAGCAGCCUCGAUCUCAACCACGGAAGAGGACAGCUUUGGCUCCAAAAAGGCACGCUCGUCUUUUGGAAAGGGCUUCUUUAAGCUUCGCGGGGGAAAGAAGACUGGAAACUCUCCAAAUCUUGACCGCAACCGGAGUGCGAGCGCACCUAUGCUAGCUGAAACCGAGCACCGAGGUACAGACCAUCUGGACCUGGCUGGACUCCCUCAGAGGUCGGCAAACAGCGACAGCACGAAUACGCUCUCCACCACUCCGGAGGGCAAGAAAAAGUCCAAAGGAAUUAAGAAACUAUUUGGCAAGCUUAAAAGAAGUCAGUCUACUACAUUUAACCUGGAUGACAACCUGCCACCUGGAGAUUUUAAAAGAGGCGGAGUGCGAGCCACAGCCGGACCCAGGCUCGGUUGGUCUCGGGACUUCCAGCGCGUCAACAAUGACGUGGACGCUCCCUUCGCACGCUGGUCAAAGGAUCAAGUGUGCGACUGGCUGCAGGAGCAAGGUCUCGGUCUUUAUGUGAACAUGGCACGGGUUUGGAUUUCCUCCGGACAGACGCUGCUUCAGGCCUCCCAACAGGACCUGGAGAGGGAACUGGGCAUCAAACACUCGCUGCACCGUAAGAAGCUGCAGCUGGCUCUGCAGGCUCUCGGCUCAGAGGAAGAGGACAAUAAGGGAAAGCUUGACUACAACUGGGUGACGAGGUGGCUGGAUGACAUCGGGCUGCCACAGUAUAAGACUCAGUUUGAUGAGGGACGGGUGGACGGUCGCAUGUUGCACUACAUGACUGUGGAUGACCUUCUCUCCCUGAAGGUCGGCAGCGUCCUACACCACCUCAGCAUCAAGAGAGCCAUCCAAGUCCUGCGACUCAACAACUAUGAGCCCAACUGCUUACGACGCAGACCAUCUGACGAGAAUAACAUAUCACCAGCGGAGAUUUCCCAGUGGACCAACCACAGAGUCAUGGAGUGGCUGCGUUCAGCCGAUCUGGCCGAGUACGCUCCCAACUUGAGAGGGAGCGGCGUUCAUGGAGGUCUUAUGGUGCUGGAGCCGCGCUUUAAUGUGGAGACCAUGGCGCUGCUGUUGAACAUCCCCCCCAACAAGACUCUACUGCGUCGCCAUCUCGCCACGCAUUUCAACCUGCUCGUUGGUUCCGAGGCCCAGCAGCUCAAACAGGAAUGUUUGGAAAACCCGGACUAUACUCUGCUGACUGCUACCAUCAAGGUUAAGCCCAGGAAACUGUCGUUUGGUAACUUUGGCAGUCUAAGGAAGAAAAGGCAGGACGAAAGCGAGGAGUACGUGUGUCCUAUGGACGUGGAGAUGCCCAAAGGACGGAGUUUUCAAAAAGGCUUUGAGCUCCAAAUCUACGAGGACGACCUUGAUCGUCUAGAACAGAUGGACGACUCUGAGGGAACUGUCAGACAAAUCGGCGCAUUUUCUGAAGGAAUCCAGAACCUGACGAGUAUGUUGAAAGAAGAUGAAUUCUUCAAGGAGAUGUCAAACUCCCCGAACCCCAGCGUAACAGACGAUGACUCCACUGCAUGAGACUGACCCGGUCUGACCCGGUCCCGCUUUGAAAACCCGACUUGCCAACCUUCUCCACCUUCUCAACACAUCUAGCUGUUUCUUGGAGUUCCCUUACGAGGAUGAGCCAUAGCUAUUUCCAUCCCGUUUUCUGUUCAUUGCUUAUUUUUGUUUCCAAGGGAACAUUUUAGGAUGACACCACUUCCUGCCAGCUGGAUUCUGGAAAUAUUUUGUACUAAGUUAUGUGCUGGCAUUGCUUUUGUUUAUUGUCUAACUAAAGCCGAGACGACAUUAUACCAAUAUAGAUUUAAUAUACCUUUUUAAAUUGUUUAAUUCGUGGAAAUAUUCAUUGGGUUGUGGCGUUAGUUGUAUUUUUCAAUGACGGCUGCUAGCUUUUCCACUUCCACGGUAAUGUAACAUUUCAAAUGCAAAGUCAUUUGUCUUAUAUUUUCAAUUACAGUAUAUUUUGCAUGCAUUUGCACCCGUAAGUAAGCUGACACAUUCAUGUGAAAUAUUUUUUAAAUACACACAUUAGCUUUUCCACAGAUUGUUUUGUCCCGUGGCAAGUUUGAGAUCAAUAAAGUAAUUUAAAG